AUGACGGCAACAACUACAGAACAGACUAUUACCACAGCGAAUAGCAAGCAUAGAACAGCGAAGGAGUGGCUGCAACAACAUCUGCGCAAAGUGGCAUCGCGCCAGACGCUGAAGAAUGGCGAGAAACCCGAUGAGAUGCACCGAAAGAUAUCCCCCAGACGACCACGCACAGCACCUUCAACAGGAGCUGCACCAAGCUUAGGGGAUGCAUCAGCAGUACCACAGGUUCCGAUAAAGGUCUCGCGGGUCUCGCAUCGUCCGCCAAUUCUACCUCCACUUCGUCCAGCGAGACCCAAUUCAGGCGUCAUACGGGACGUCGAUGCGUGGCUGGAUGCCAGCAUAAACACGCCUUCGCCUCCGCUGAUGGGAGGUCUCUCCUACUGGAGGGCGGCGACCAGCCUUGGUCUCAGAGAUUCGGCCGCAGCGCAGCACGCCGUUCCGCUGACUGAGGUAUCUGGAAUUGCCAGCCCAUCGACAGUCACAAGCCAGCAAGGAAGGUCGUUCCAUUGGUGCGCUAAGAAGAUGCAGGUCCAGAUGCCUACACUUCUGCGCACCAAGUCUCAACGCCAGUCAGGUCGGAAGCACAACAGACAUUCGGCGUCGAUGCCACUCUUAGCUGUGUCCUACGAGGGUGCUCAGGAAGCCGCCGAUCCUAUGCUCCUGUCUCGGUCUAGGUCCUUCCUUCGUCCGACCACACGACCAUCGACGCGAGCAAGUGCUCUUCUAUCGGUGGACCAACAGUCGCGAAAGCAUCUACCCUCCCGCAUGGGCACACCAGCAAGUGUGCGGCUUGGCGACACCGAGAGCGUCUUUGAGCGACGCGUCAACCCCAUAUUCAUGCGUACGGCACGAAGCGCAGAAGACACUCGACCAUCGACGGCAGCUGCCGGUCUCACUCGCGAAGACUCUAUGGGCGAUCUGUCCGAUGCACCGACAUACUUUUCAGGACCACCACCGCCGUCCUACCGUUCGCGUCCCGAGUCCAUCCUCACCACCUCUUCUUUCGGCUGCAUCGAUGGCAUGAACCCUACGCAACGACAGAUCAGUCAGCAGCGUGCGGCGCUACAACGAGGGAUGAAGUGCAAGCUGAAGAGAUUCGCUCAAACGUUUGCGAUAUAA